AUGCCUCUGCAACCCAACAACCUGCAUACUGCCAAUGACCCUUCACUCAAGGAGUCCUCUGGUGAUCAGGCCGAAACGAUCCCAGCACCUGAAGACUACCAGGGGACUGCUGGACACAACACUUCCUCCUCUGACAAUUCUGACAGUGACAACAGCAAAACAAGCAAACCUCUGCUUGAUCUCAAUGAUAUCAACAAAAUGAAUAUCAACACCCUCCAUAACAUGCUCACACAGUCCACCUUAUACACCCCCAAGCUAACCACAAAGAACUGGUACACCUGGAAUCCUCACUUCCAGGACAUUCUGAUCACCUGGUCCCUGGCUCCCAAACACCUGGAUGGUAUCACUAAGCCAGGUGACAGGAAGUAUGACAGGAGAUUAGAUGCAAAACUUUGCACAAUUCUUCAAAGUAAUGCUAAACUCAUUGGCCAGGAUAAUGUUAACUAUCUGUGCAUGCAACCUGCCAAUGCUGAAGCCUGGUGA